AUGCCUCCAAAGAAGAAGCCAGCAGCCCAGGUCCAAGCAGCAACAACUGCUGCUCCACCAUCAACUACAUCUACAACAUCUGCCGCAGCAGCUACAACAUCUGCCGCCAGUACAUCCACAACAUCAACUACAUCCACCACUACCAACACAACCAGUAGCACAUCCAAAACGAUCAGAUGGUAUUGGGCCGCCGACAGUGGAAGAGGUACACAAGACACUCUGGAGGAGUAUGACCGUACAUUCAGCACGGCAAUCGAGGCUGCCUACCAAAUCUACCUCAAAGACAACACUCAGAGAAAGAUCAAAGUCGACAAGGACCGCUACAUCGACUUCAAAUCAAUGUCACAAAGACGCUACGAUGACAAGACCAAACAAAGGACUGUUGAGAGAAAGGAAGAACUUACCAAUUUGAGCUCUGGAGGUGAUGCCCCUUCAAAGUCAUUGCCAAAGAGAGAGUUGAAGGGCAAGAAGGCUCUCACAGCCUCAAAGAAGAGACCAUUGUCUGAUAGUAGCAGCAGUGAUGAUAGUGAUAGCAGCAGCAGCAGCAGUGAUAGCGAUAGUGAUGAUGAUAGUGACAAUGAGGACUACUUCCCAAUGUGGAGCUGGGCCGGUGAUAGUGGCGGUGGUCCUGCCAAUGGAGGCGGUCACCAGGACGUCUGGAUCAAGUACGACCUGGACUUCUCCAAGAAGCUGGAGGAUUCGUUCAAGAAGGGCGACGAGGAGUACAAGGUGGACUCGCAACGAUUCAUCGAUCUCAAGAACAUGCUGCAACGUCGCUAUGACGACAACAACAAACGAAGAAAUGUCAAGCGCGAGGACGCCAAGAAAGUUCGUCCAGUCAAGAAGAAGUCUGUCAAGCAGGCCAAGACCUCGUCAACCUCGACCACAUCCACAACCUCGACGUCUUCGGCCGCGUCCACUGCGGCCCCCGCCACCAAUGGCGCAUCGGCUGCAUUGGCAAUCGCGCAAGCCAUCAAGUGCCCCUCGUCAUGGAUCGACAUCUCGAUGGACUACAAGGAGGUGGACGUCUAUCCCAACACCAAGGAGUUCAUGUGGAUGAGUGAUCUGUUUGCGUCGACGCUCUCAUCGAUGCACAAGGGCAAGUCGACGCUGUCUCCCAUCAUCUUCAACAGCCUCAAGGUGACGCGAGUGGUGCGCGUGCAGAACCCCGUCGUGUGGAUGCGCUAUGAGCACCGUCGCCAAAAGAUCCUGGAUGAUGCGGGUGGCAAUUGUCCCAAGGUGCCGCUCAUUCUCACGGACAUCCCCAACGGUCCCGAGGUCAACAGCAAGGCGAACGAGACGUUCCUCUUCCACGGCCUCAACGUCAGCUCUAUCCCGGGCAUUGUCAAGUUUGGCUUUGAUCCACGCUUCUGCUCGCUCGAGGGCAUGUUUGGCGCCGGUCUGUACUUUGCAGAGAACUCGUCUAAGUCCAAUCAAUACUGCCAUGCCGGCGCGUGCACUGCCAGUGGCUUCCAGUCCAACUCUUGUCGAUGCGCCACCAGUGACGAGGUGUGUCUGCUCGUGUGUCGCGUGACACUAGGCGACUGUCUGGUGGAGAACGUGUUUAGAGGCAAUGCUCCGGGCAAGUUCUGGUACGGCCGCAGGACGGAGCCAACAAAGCCCGAUGGCAAAACCAUAUACAACAGUGUGAUUGGCGAGUCCAAGUCAAACUAUGGACCAAAGGCCGAGUUACAACUUCGUGAGUACAUCGUCUAUGAGUCCAGUCAAGUAUAUCCAGAGUACAAAGUGUACUUCAAGCGCGUAAAAUAA